AUAUCCAGUGGAUCAAUGAGCCUUAACACAAUACAAUUUGGAUUUUCUUUCUUUGUAAUUUUCAAAGCAAAGGCAAUGGAGGGGAAGACUAUGGUCAAGUUAUCUCAUGUGGUUGCUUUCUUGCUUCUUGCAUCACUUUUUCAACCUCUUACUGCACGAGAUCUGGUAUUCGAAGUGAGUGAUGAAAUAGAAGUCUUGCGAUUUCCAAUGGCAAAAGAAAACCAAGUGAAAACACUUGAUGAUAUCUCUACUUUUUGCCCAGGAAAGCAAUCAUGGCCUGAACUUGUGGGAAAGCCAGCGGCGACUGCUAAGAAAAUAAUUGAGAAAGAAAAUCCCAUAGCCAAAGUUCAGUUUUUGUUCCCUGGUAUGGUUAAACCAUUGAAUUAUGUUUGUGGUCGAGUUUUUGUGGUUGUUAACUGGAAACUCAUUGUUCAAAUUACUCCCACAAUGGGUUAAUUAAAUAGUUCUAUUAUGGAAGAUUUAGAAUAACAAGACCCAAGAAUUAAGAAAUAGAGUACUGGUGUUCCAUAGUGUACUCUUCAUGUACUCUACUAUUUCGAUAUAAUAAAUAAACUAAGUGUGGGUUAUUUAAUUUGUAUUAUGCAUGUAUUAUAAUUA